AUGGAAGCGCCACGAUCCGGAUUCCGUUCUCCUUCAGAAGUCGGCUUCAGCGCCCACUCCAACGGCCUUAUAAAACGCGCUCAACAGCUUGCGGUUUCCUUCGUCUUCAGCAGCGCGCAUCGCUUAAUUAAUUAGAUGCUUAAUAAAUUCAUUUUCAUAUUCACAUGUGUAAGUCUUACUGUAGCAUUGUGUCAUUCGUUUGUUUCGUAUUUUAGACGCAAUUUGGGUGGGCGGUUAAAUAUCCGAAUGAAAUUGUCGACAAUCCGAUCGUGACGUGCGAGCCGGACAGGAUCAAUGUCAAGGUAAAACAUGUCUUUUCUUGAUCUACCGUAUAAUUUUCAUAACAAUCCAUAUAUCUUGCUUUUUUCAAUUUUUUCAUAAAAAUUCAAUUUUGUCGCAUAAUUUUUUUUGCUUAUUUUUCACAGAUCCGUACCUCCACAGCGAAUCCGUCGCAUAUUUAUGCCGAGGACUUCCACCAUUCAGCCAAUUGUAUGACCCGGAAUUCGAAUACUUUGAGUAUCUUACACAAUGACUGUGGAAUGACUCAAGAAAGGAUGGUAACACACUUUUUGCAUCAUAACUUGGAUAGCAAAACCUCUGCUUAUGCUGUAUUCGCUUCGUUUUUCUUGCAGGACAACCCUCCCGGGAUCAUGCAUCGUAUUUGUAUCUCGGUCCAGAUCCAUCCCUUAUUUGUCACCGAUUCUGAUCGAUCUUACUGCGCACAGUGCGUGUACAUGGACAGUAAUGUGGUCGAGGGAUUGGAACAGAACCUCUCGAUCAGGUUUGUCAUUACUUCUACGUCUUCUACUCAAGUUUUAUUACUUUUUAAUCGCGAAACUUCAGUGAGAUAGCACCGAGCGAACUGGAGCCCCAAUUCGACCCUGGAUACAGUCCUCAAUGUGUUUAUUCGAUCCGAAAAGGAUCCUUUGAUGGGCCUGAAGUGCAUGCAGCGGUCGUGGGAGAGACUGUCUUCCAUGUUUGGCAAUGUUCUAAUGGUAAAAUUUCUAUUUCGCUUGUAUAUCAUCUUUUUUUAUCCCCUAUUUUCUAAUAUUACAUAAUUCCCCUUAGAAAACGUUGGAAUAUUAGUUCAAAACUGUAAUGUGGAGGACCUGCAAGGCGAGAAGAUUCUUAUUAUCGAUCAGCGAGGGUAAGGGCCAUCAAUUUUUAUAUAAUUAUACCAUACUUGAUAUUACUUUAGAUGCGGAGUUGAUCAAUAUCUCUUCAAAACCCCGCAAUACUCUUCCAAUCUCCAAACCGCCUUCUUAGUAAGUAAUUACAGUAUACUGAAGUACCUCUACGACCUUUUUCAGGAGUCGAAUGUGUUUAAAUUUGUGGACAAAUCCAUGACAAGAUUCCGUUGCCAGAUCAGACUUUGUUUGAAAAACAAAGGAAAUGGAUGUCAAGGAAUAACUGUAUGCGAUGCUUGAUAGCCUUACUACCUAACGGAACUAUUAAGUAAUUUAUUUUUAUAGCCACCAAAUCACUGUCCAAGCUUGGAUGAGUUUGAUCAAGAGCUGGUCUCAUCUUCACCUUUAUUGGUCGAAGACAUUACCCAAUCCAGGUCAGAACCCGUCUUGAGAUCCUCUACAGAUCAGCCUCGAGGACCUCCGGGGAUCAAACCGCCAAUCGGGUUGAGUACGGCGCAAGUUGUGAACCGCGGACAACCAGUUGCGGUGGUGAGGAGUGGUUACAAGUAGGUCGCACCACCUGUUUCAGCCCAUUAACUUAUGCUGGAAUUAUGUCAUAACCCCUAACGCUUUCGGCUAGCCUUGUCUGACAUAAUUUCCGCGACAUUUUAAUCGUUUAGUUAUCCCAGUUAUCCUAUUAGAAGUAAACGCGCAACUACCGUAUCCACCAAUGCUACAGUACCCCUGAAGCGACCCAAAAGAACGAUCAGUGUUCAGGCCAACAUGAGGAAGGAAGAGGAAGUCUCCGAAGUGGACGUAGUCGGAUUAAUCAGGGUUUUGGAUAACCCCGAGGACCUCGAAUAUUAUGCUGAACAAAGGAACGAAAAGGAAUUCAACGAGGCCAAAGGGCAGAAAUGCAUGGCCUCAGGGCUUUAUUGGACUCUCAUUGGGACGAUUGUGUUACUGUUCAGCGUUCAAGGGGCGGUGGCCUUUUUUAUUUUUAGGGAUCGAUUCGCCCUCAGGAAGUCGAUUUUACAUAGGUGGAAUUAG